UUUGCUUUUACCCCGAAACAGCCAUCGAUACUCAACGAGUUUUUUGCUUGUCACGUUCAAAGGUUCAUUCUUUUUAACAUUUCUUCUUACAUUGCAUCUACUCUAUAAUCUCACUGAUACAAAAGCUAAUUAAACUACAUGGAUUCAGUCAUUGCACCACCUGCCUCCUUUGGCCUUAUCUCUGGUACAGCCUUUGCCUCAGCCUCCCCUACAAGGCUUGCAGAGAUUCUUGAAUCUCUUGAAUUAGCUUCGCUUGAGCAAGAACAUUGGCGCCUUCAACGCGCUAUCCAACAACUAAAGCAAUCUAAUAAGGAAAUUGCAGACUUCAUUGAGCAGGAACAGCAACAGCAACAACAGCAAAAAUCAGACGUAAAUAAUAACGGUGACAGCAGUAGUGACGAUGCCAAUCAGAUUGACGCCUUGGGUCCCGAUCCCGAGUUCUUGCUGGCGAUUGAGGAAAACAAGGCGAUAAUUGCGAAAUACGAACGGAUAUGUGAGCAAUUGAUGGAAGCCAUUGUGAGAAGACGUGCUACAGAAAACAUUUCGGAUUCAGAUGUUCAGGAGGAGGUAUCGGCUAUGGCAACUGAUAACGAAGGGAAUAAUGACGCUGCUGAAGGUGGUAUUUUCUUAUAACCGCCUAUUAUUUGGUACAACAAUAAAUUUCAUGUAUGCUCCUAAAUAAACUCUGGG